AUGAAUGAUGGGAAAUACCACAUGGCGGAGCCCCAUGUCACAGCCAUUGCUGCCUUGAACAAAACUGAGGGUCUUUAUAGGAAAGCUCAAGUGCUGAAGGCCUUGAACCGGACCACUGAAGCAUACAGUAUCCUGCAGAGGCUGCAGCUGUACUGCGAGAAGAUCAAGUACACAGAGAUGAUCAUCCGGGUGAUGCUGGUCACAGCUGAGUUGCAUUGGGAGUCGUCAGGUUUUGCCACAGCCCUUCCUCUCCUGCUACAGGCCCUGGCCCUGGCCAGACAGCACCACCUACAGGCCAUGUCCUCCGAGACCAUCCUUCACCUGGCUUUCACUCAGUUGAUGCUGGGAGUACCGGAGCAGGCUCUGGGUGUCCUUCAUGAGGCGAUGGAGCCCAUCCUGGCACACGGAGCGGUCAUGGAUAAGGGCAGAGCUCUGCUGCUGGCAGCCCGCUGUCAGAUGGCCAUGGCUGGGACCCGGUCCAAUGGCCAGAGGCAUGCAGCUUUAGGCCUGGCUGUGCAAUCGCUGGGAGAGGCUGCAGCCUACUUCUCCAUGCUGGACUGUAAGGAGCGUCUCCGUGACGUCCACUACCUGCAGGCCCGGCUGCACCACACCCUGGGACAAACCCCCCAGCGCAACAAAUGUGCCAUGCUGUUCCGCCUCCUGGACCAGGAGCUGCAGGCGCCGGGGGCAGCUGUCGCCAUGCGACUCUGAACGGUCAUCACCACCCUGCCUUCUCCCCGACACAGACCGGAACAUAUACUGGUGUACUCUGUCAUUGUCAUGGACUUCGCAUUCUAUCCUAUCUUUUGGUUUAAAUUGCAACAUUGCUUGUGUGUUAAAGAGUAGAGAAACACCUGGUUUAGGGCACUCCCAAUUUACAUUGCAAACUUGUAUCAUCUAUCUACAAUAUAAAGAUCAGACUUUAAGUCUCUAAUCUUU